AUGUUGGCAGUCACUGCAGCUCCUGUAGGAAGCAAGGGCCGGAACUCGUCAAGAGCAGCCAUCUGUUGCAAAUUGGGCGAGGACACGCCAGGAUCCCUUCAUUCGUUCUCCCUGUCCGACUUCGCAUCAGGGUUAAAGCCAACCGUCCAGAAUCACAUCGCUUCAAAACUCUCGGCGUCCACUCGGAGCCAGGAGCGCAAGGAGGCUGCUGAAUCACAAAAUGACCACGACCACAGCACUGCGGUGUCUUACACACCGGGCCAGGAAGCGCGUGUCGUCCGCAAGCUUGAUCUCAACCUGAUGACUCUAUUUUUCUUCCUAUACAUGUUGGCAUUUCUUGAUAGGUCAAACAUUGGAAACGCAAGAAUUGCAGGCAUGCAAAAGGAACUCAGCCUUGACAGUAGCGAUUAUCAAUGGUUGCUCAACAUCUUUUAUAUUGCCUACGUUGUUGCUGAAUUUGGAGUCAUAUUAUGGAAGCUAUUUCCUCCACAUAUAGUUGGUGCAGUCGUGGUGCUUGGCUGGGGCCUCGUUGCGACCAUACAGGCGGGCACUCAUUCGUGGAGUGGCAUGAUGGCGCUGAGAUUCCUUCUGGGAGUCUUUGAAGCGGCUUACGGGUGGGUCACGAAUCACGCAACUCACAACCUAACACGGUACUACAAGCCCGAAACUAACAACGAGGCUGUGAUCCUCCACCACCAGGCCAGAUGUGGCAUGUUCGCCUCGGCAGCUCCGCUGGCAUCUACGUUCGCUGGUGCCCUAGCCUUCGGAAUCACUAGCGGCCACGCACACCUUGCCAACUGGCGGCUGCUGUUCCUCGUAGAAGGCUUGCCGACAGUCGCAAUGGCGGCUGUGGCCUUCUUCUUCAUCCCAGACUCGCCUGAAAAGGCCGAGUUCCUGACAGAUGAUGAGAGAAACAUCACGCGGUCGAGAGCGAUACGACAGGUCGGAACGGACCCAAACUCGAGGGUCGGGAAGUUCAACAUCAAGGACAUCGGGCCCGCGCUCAUUGAUGUCAAGAUUUGGAUGUGCGGUUUGAUGUAUUUCUGUGGCAAUGUGACUUACUCGAGCUUGCCAGUCUUCUUACCGACCAUCCUUGAGGACAUAGGUUAUACCGCGAUCAAUGCGCAAGGCCUUUCUGCUCCACCUUCCUUCGCAGCCUUCUUAUUUGCCCUCCUAACAACUUGGAUAGCAGACAAGACUCAGCAGCGCUGCUUCGUACUCUUCUGUACCUCGGUGGUAGGAGGGGUCGGCUACACCAUUCUUGCUACAAUAGAUACUGUCGGGAUUCGCUACUUUGCCACCUUUCUCGCAUCAGCAGGAGUUUUCUCAACCAUCCCCAACAUUCUAGCUUUGACGCUUAACAAUCAAGGCAGUGACAGCCGCCGCGGAAUGUCUAUCGUGAUCAUCAAUCUCAUCGGCCAGUGCGGGCCGUUCCUGGGUACGACCAGGUUUCCUUCCAGCGAGGCACCCAGAUACGUCAAGGGCAUGAGCAUCUGUGCAGCAUUCAUGUUCUUCUCGGCUCUGUUGGCUUUAGCACAGCGUCUACUGCUGGUAUGGGAGAAUAAGAGACUCGAUCGAAAAUACGACUCCACUGAGAAAGAUAGUACAGGGGCUGCAACGGAUAUCAUGAUGUGGAGAAGGUCUUCUGAGAACGUGACAAUUACAAUACUGCGAAUGAGGGCCCCCAACACCGUUUUCUCGCAUCGACAGCGUUACGAGCCACCGGACGCACUCACCUGA